AUGGCGCAAAAGGAGGACAAGGCGGAUAGGACUAUGUCGAUACCGACCAAGGACAUUCUUUCAUGGACCUUCGACAAUCCGCAAUUUGAUCAAGACAAGAAAAUAUACAUAGAUGCUGUCAAUCCAUCACGGUCAAUAACUGCGCGAGAAGCGCGCACCUUAAUUCGCAAAAUGGUCGCUGGUCUUCGCGCUGCGGGUUUACAAAAGGAGGACUGCGUCUACCUUCACUCAUUCAAUGAUAUCUACUAUCCCAUCAUCUUUCUCUCCGUUAUUGCAGCUGAUGAAGUAUGGACUGGUACCAACCCAGGAUAUAUCUCCUUCGAACUUGAACACCAUAUCAAAACCUCUCAAGCCAGCUUCAUCAUCUCAGAGCUAGACCUAGCGCUGUUCAAUAAUAUUUUACGCACUGCUGAGAUGUGCAACAUUCCGAAGAAGAAUAUCUUCAUUUCUGAUACCAAGGACACGGAAAAGGUUCCCACCGGUUAUAAGUCGACUGGGUUCAAUGAUUUAGGGACAUGUAAGACUACGACAGCUGCGAGACUUUUCAGUUCAGGAACGACUGGAUUGCCAAAAGCUGCGCUUUUGUCUCAUUACAACCUGAUAGCUGAGCAUACUGUUGUGCAUGAAGCAUACCCAAAGUUAUGGGAGGUCAAACGUUUGAUCUGUGUGCCAUUCUUCCGCGCAGCUUCCGUGUCUGGCGUUCACACGACUCCUUUGCGAGCUGGUCACGUAACUUAUGUGAUGCGGCGAUUUGAACUCGAAAGCUACUUACAGAAUCUCGAGAAGUGGGAAAUACCCGAGAUAUCUCUAGUACCACCUCUCGUCACAGCAACAAUUAUGUCGCCGCUGAGCAAGAAAUACUCGCUCAAGAAGGCCAUAUAUGCGACAUGUGGCGCCGCACCACUGGACAAAGAACCACAGCAACAGUUUCUACUCCUCAUGCAUCCGGAUGCAAGAUUUACCCAAGUGUGGGGAAUGACAGAAAUCACCUGUGUUGCUAUGAGCUUUCCUUGGGAUGAGCAUGACUUUCUCGGUAGUGUAGGCAGACUUGUUCCGAACAUGGAAGCAAAGCUCAUCGAUCAUAACGGCAAAGACAUCAGCCAAUAUGACGUCAGAGGAGAGCUCUGCGUCCGUGUUCCACUGGUGAUUGAAGGAUACUUUCAAAACCCGCAGGCAAACGUCGAAUCCUUCCAGAACGGCUGGUUCCACACCGGCGAUAUUGCGUACUGUGAAGGCGCGUCCAAAAAAUGGUACAUAGUAGACCGCAAGAAAGAAUUGAUCAAGGUUCGAGGCUUUCAAGUCGCACCAUCAGAGCUCGAAGGUGUGCUGUUGAGCCAUCCUCACAUUGCUGAUGCGGCCGUCAUUGGUGUACCGGCAUCAGCGAGCGAAGGCGAGUUACUUCGAGCCUACGUUGUGCGCAUGCCUGGCCCUGAGGCGGACAAGCUGGAUGAGAAGGAUGUGAAGAAUUAUGGGGGAAAAAGAUUGGCGAAGUAUAAGAGGCUGGAUGGAGGAGUGGCAUUCGUUGAUUCUAUUCCGAGAAAUGCCAGUGGGAAGAUUCUGAGGAGGAUUUUGAGAGAGCAGGCAAGGAAGGGAAUGAGGGCGAAGAUAUAAAGCAUUGAAGUAGUUUGUAUAUAGAGAAUUUCUGUAAAUACUCGUCACUUUGGUCUAGAUUC